AUGUUGGGAAUAUUCUGGGUCCACCCAGAUUCUAAAACAGUGAAACAAGAGUGAGAAAGGAUGGAAGGCAUUUCAGGAUCAUCAUGCAUCUUAUCUCAGUCUCAUCGGACGAGUGGUGUAAGAACCAUUGCAAAGUUAUUGAAGAAUGGAGGCGUUUGUGGAAUUCCUACUGACACAGUCUAUGCUCUUGCGGCUUCAUGCAAACACCCAGACGCCAUCAAAAGAAUUUACACCAUUAAGGAACGACCUACAGAAAAGCCGGUCUGCAUCUGUAUUUCUAACCUCGAUCAGCUGAGAGCGAUUAAUCCUCCAUUCAGCCCCCUUCUCUGGAGGUUCAUGGACUUAGUUUACCCUGGGGGAAUCAGCUGCAUUGUCCAGAAAGGGGAGUGGCUGAAAAAAUUGGGUGUAGGUCCUGCAUAUGACCAAGUUGGGACACAUCAGUCUAUCAUGAUAAGGGUUCCUGAUCACACUGUCACUGCUCACCUCACUGAUAUAACAGGCCCAAUAGCUAUUACAUCGGCCAAUCCAAGUGGAGAGUCUGACAGCACUCACCAUGACAUGGUUAUAUCACGUCUGAGUGACAAGCUCGAUGCAGUUCUUUGUGAUGGGACUUCCAAUGAAGUUGUAGGAUCUACUGUAGUAAAUUGCUUGAAGAUAGAUGAAGGCAUUGUCACAAUACUGCGUGAAGGAUGUGUACCAUCAACUAGGAUCAUGCAGCUGUUUGAAGUAGCGAAGACCGUGGAGGACAUGAUGUAG